AUGGCGAACACAUUAUUGGAAUAUUUUAUGAUUGUUUUGUUUAUUAUAUCUAGCGGUAGUGCCCAAAGGACACCUACAAUAUCUCACAUAACUCAAGAGCAAAUUCGGGAUAUCGGAGGUCAGGUGGACCUGGACUGUUCUGUGCAUUACGGACAGGAUUACCCCGUUUUGUGGGUGAAGUAUGACCGUCUGAAGACUACCGAGUCACUUCCCUUGUCUACAAGCUCUGGACUUAUUAUUCGGGACUCAAGAUUCUCUUUAAGAUAUGAUGAUGCCUCUGCAACAUACACCCUAUCGAUCAAGGACAUCCAAGAGACUGAUGCUGGCUGGUAUCAAUGCCAAGUGAUAAUAACUGUGAACAAUAAGAUAACUGCUGAAGUGGAGUUGCAAGUCAGGCGGCCUCCGAUCAUCUCCGAUAAUUCCACUCGGUCCAUUGUUACUAGUGAAGGAGAGAGUACUCAAAUGGAAUGCUACGCCGAUGGUUUCCCGCCUCCGAAGAUCUCUUGGCGACGUGAGAACAACGCUAUUCUGCCGACUGGUGGUUCUAUAUACCGGGGCAACAUCCUAAAGAUCCCGAAGGUACACAAGGAGGACCGCGGUACAUACUACUGUGUGGCUGAGAAUGGUGUCGGCAAAGGAGCAAGAAGAAAUAUCAAUUUGGAGGUGGAGUUCGCUCCAGUGGUCACCGUACCUAGACCAAGGUUGGGACAGGCCCUCCAAUACGACAUGGAUCUGGAAUGCCACGUGGAAGCAUACCCACCACCAGCCAUCACCUGGCUCAAGGAUGAAGUGCUUUUAUCCAACAACCAACAUUACAGAAUCUCCCACUUUGCAACAGCUGAUGAGUUCACAGACACCACAUUAAGAGUAAUAACGAUAGAGAAGCGACAGUACGGAAUGUUCACUUGCAAAGCUCAGAACAAACUUGGCAGAGACGAGGGCAGAGUUGAACUCUUUGAAACAAUUAUCCCGGUGUGCCCGCCCGCCUGUGGCCAAGCGCGGUACGGCGCGGCCGCUUCACUGGCGCCCUCUGCCGAGACAAUCGCUGUACUGUUUGCGGCCUACGCUCUUUAUGCGUUGCGAAUCGCCAAUACCAGACAUUAA